UUCGUUUGGUCACAUACAUGAGAAUUAUCACGUGUAGCUGUCGUUCGACGAGUUUAAAUUGUGUGUUCAAUUUAGUUCUUUUCAAUACGUGAAAUAAGAAGGAAAGUCUCGGAAUAUUUUUGUUUUGUUAAUAUUAGAAAAUAAAUAAAAUCUUAUCAGAGCUUUUGUUAUCUUUGACAAAUAGAUAACUACAGUGUCGUGCCCACAACUAUAAAUUGUGAAUACCAAACACAUAAAUAUUUUUAAAAAUUCAUUCAGUAUUUACGAAAACUGCAAAAUGGCAACAUUCGAUUCGGAAAGAAAAAUUUGGCAAGGCCCAAAAAUUCCUUUCAAAUUUCCAACGAAUGCAUCGAUUGGUGUUGAAAUUUUAAAGAAAUUGAAGGAAACACCGGACAGAACAAUGAUUAUUAGUCAUGAUGAUGGAAUUACUAUGACUUGCGAAGAGGCUCGAAUUGCGUCGAUUAGAGUUGCGCAAAACUUAACUAAACUUGGUUUCAAAAAAGGCGAUGUUAUUGGGUUCAUUUGUCGCAAUGGAAUUCGAUUACCACCAACAAUUUAUGGAGCUCUUCUUAUCGGAGCACCAAUAAAUCCUCUCGACGCCGGCUUUAAGAAAGACGAUAUCAAGCAUAUGUUUGCACAAACACAACCUAAAUUGGUGUUUUGUGAUGCUGAUGUUUACGAAACAACGAAGCAAGCGUUGAAUGAACUUGACAAUAAUGCUGUUGUCAUGACACAUCGCGAAAAGAUUGAAGGCGUUGUUUAUGUUGACGAAUUGUUAGCCCCAACAGGAAAUGAAGAUUCUUUCGAGCCUCCACAAUUUGGAAAUUCAAGUGACAUGCUCGCAAUCAUUUUGUGUUCAUCGGGAACGACCGGACCACCAAAAGGAGUUUGUUUGUCACACGCUCACAUAUUUGCACACAUUAAUUUAUUCAAUGAAAGUGAAGGAUUGAGAAUUUUGAGCUUCUCGCCAAUUUAUUGGUCAACUGGCGUAGUUUCAACAAUAACUGUCGCUUUUCGUUCACAAGAUGCAAAGAUCAUAACAGCACAACCAUUUGGAGUUGAUUUGCUUAUUCAAAUAAUUAAGAAGCACGACAUUAACUUCAUUCAAUUCGCUCCAUAUCAAUUAAUGCUUCUUCUCCAAUCGCCUUUACUCGAUCCACGUGAUUUUGUUGGUGUUAAAAUAUUUUCAGUUCUUGGAAGUGUCGUUUCUGAGCAUCUUCGCAAAGAAUUUCGUUCAGUUUUUCCUCGACAUCCACUCAUUGUCACUUAUGGAAUGAGUGAGGCUUGCAUUACGAUUUCAUCAACAGAACCGCAUGAAAAUAUUUGUGGACUAACUGUUGGUCAUAUUUCACCAAAUAUUCAAGUCAGAGUAGUUGACAAUGAAGGAAAUCCUCUUGGAAUUGAAGAUACCGGAGAAAUUUACGCUAAACCGGAAUUCAAAUUUAUCGGCUAUUACAAUAAUCCAGAAGCUUCAUUGAACGCAAUUGAUUCUGAAGGCUUUCUAAAGACUGGCGACAUCGGUCAUAUUGACGAGAAAGGCUGCAUUUUCAUUAUCGAUCGGAAGAAGGAAAUUAUGAAGUACAAAGGUUAUCAAAUCAACCCUUCUGAGAUUGAAAACAUCAUUGAAUCGAUUGAAGGUGUUGAAGUUGUGUCAGUUGUUGGCAUUCCUGAUCCAAUUGCGCACAAUUUACCGGCAGCUGUGAUCGUGAAACGACCCGAAUUUGAAGAUUUAACUGAACAAUUUAUCAUUGAUUAUGUCGCUGAAAAGUUACCGGAAUAUAAACAUCUCCACGGUGGAGCUUAUUUCAUCGACGAAAUUCCCAUGACACCGACAGGAAAAAUUCUCAAACGUUUCGUUAAAGUUCUCGCAAUUAAAGAACAUAACGAAAAAUAUUCGAUCGAAAAUUUCGAUUAAGAUUAAAACUUAAAUUUGUUUAUGAAUAAAAAUUACUCACCAACACUCAACAAUGCGAUGACACCAACUAUUGAUAACCAAACUAUUGGUCCAGCAACCCAUCUCAUUAUUGCAAUAAUUAUCAACGAGCAGAAAGCAGAAAUGACGAAUCCAACUGCUAACACAGGCCACGUAUUGACAGUAUCUUCAACUAUCGAUUGCCCCAUCUAAACGAAAAUAAAAUUCAAACAUGUUACUCGAACUAUAAAUAUUAGGAUUUAAUUUUGUUAAGAAAAGUGUGAAAGCAUGCAUGUUACUUUUCUAUUAAAAAUAAAGGAAUUAAAUAUUUUAAAAUGAUUUUCUUGCAUUCUAAAAGACCUUAAGUUUAAUACUUUCCCAU